UUGAUCAAUAGCCACCGUGUAAACAAAACUGAAAUUUGACAACUUCAUUAAUGCUUAACAACGACUUGACUUCUGUCAUUAUCUAAUUUACAGCGCACUAUGGAGGAAAGGCAUUAUCCAAAUAGAUUAGAGGAUUAUCGUGGACAGUCCUUACUCGGAGAUGACGGAAAAUUUUUGGAGAGGCUUCGAAAGCCUAUACAGCAAGGCAUUGAUCAUCUGUUGGAACGGCUCUAUUCCGGAUUGGAAACACAGACUGAUGAUGACCACUCUGUCUAUACUGGAAUGGGAGGCAAAGCACUGCUUCAUCUACGACUAUUCAGUGCCAUGAAGCAAGACAGGGGACAGCUUGAGUGUGCGUUGGACUGUUUAAAACCUGCACUUCGGCGCCUCAAGGGUCGUAGAAUCUCCUUCCUGUGCGGUGAUGCAGGUCCUUUAGCCCUGGGAGCAGUGGUUCAUGAAAAGCUGGGCAAUGCUGCUGCGUCUGUGGACUGCAUAAAAAGGCUGGAGAAGAUGUGCGAUGCAGUGUGUGAGGACCCAUCACUUCCAGAUGAGAUGCUGUAUGGGCGUGUAGGGUACUUGUUUGCUCUCUUGUUUGUGGCGGCAAACCUGGGGCAGGAUAGAAUACACCAAGAUAUUGUACUAAAGGUGUACAAGUGUGUGAUAGACUCUGGGAUCCACAUGUCCCAGCAGCAGGGCUGGAGGCACCCGUUGAUGUACGCCUGGCAUGACAAACACUACCUGGGAGCCGCACACGGACUGGCUGGCAUUUACUACAUGCUCAUGCAGGUGAGCAAUGAAUCUGUUAAAAAGUACGUAGAAGAGCUGGUUAGACCAUCUUUGGAAUGGAUGCUGACUCUUCAGUUUCCAUCAGGCAAUUGCCCCUCAUCCAUCGGCUCAUCGACCGGGGAUAAACUUGUACAUUGGUGUCACGGAGCCCCUGGUUGGAUCCACACGUUUAUAUUGGCACAUAAGAAAUUUGGAGAGGAUCGCUACCUCCAGGCGGCCAUACGUUGUGCGGACAUGAUCUGGGAGCGGGGACUGCUGAUGAAGGGGCACGGGAUCUGUCACGGGACCGCGGGCAACGGGUACGCCUUCCUGGCCAUGUAUCAGAUGACAGGUGAUCAAAAAUAUCUGCAUCGGGCCUACCAGUUUGGGCUGUUUUGCAUCCAACACAAACCCUCAAGACUACCUGAUGCGCCAUUCUCCUUGUUUGAAGGGCUGGCUGGGACUAUAUACUUUCUCACAGAGCUUCUGGAGCCUUCAGAUGCCAAGUUUCCUGCCUUCACCUUGCCCUGAUGCCCUGAUAAAGCAUCAUGUAUCUGUUGACUGAGGAACAUUGAUAAAUUUAUGCCAUAUUUAACAAACAUCAUGUGUUAUUGACUGACAGAAUUUGGAAAAGUGAAGCUGUAUUAAACAAACAUCAUGUGUUUGUUGGCUGACAGACGUUGGCAAAGCUAUGUUAUCUUUAACAAACAUCAUGUGUCUGUUUAAUGACAAACGUUUGCAUAGCCAUUUCACCUUUAACAAACAUCAUGUGUUUGUUGACUGAAAAAAAUUGGCAUAGCCAUGUCAUCUUUAAUUAAAAACAAAGUGUCUGUUGACUGAAAAACAUACGAUUAGCCAUGUCAUCUUUGCUAAACAUCAUGUGUCUGUUGACUUAAAAACAAUGGCAUAGCCAUGUCAUCUUAACAAACAUCAUGUGUCUGUUGACUGAAAACAAAUUGGCAUAGCCAUGUCAUCUUUACCAAACAUCACAUGUUUGUUGACUGAAAAACAUUGACAAAGCCAUGCCAUCUUUAACAAACAUCAUGUGUCUGUUGACUUAAAAACAUUGGCAAAGCCAUGUCAACUUUAACAUACAUAUGUGUCUGUUGACUGAAUACAUGGUCAAAGUUACACCAUAAUGAACAAAGAGCACAUGUCUGUUGACUGAAUACAUGGUCACAGUAACACCAUAAUGAACAAAGAGCACGUGUCUGUUGACUGAAUACAUGGUCACAGUAACACCAUAAUGAACAAAGAGCACGUGUCUGUUGACUGAAUACAUGGUCACAGUAACACCAUAAUGAACAAAGAGCAUGUGUCUGUUGACUGAAUACAUGGUCACAGUAACACCAUAAUGAACAAAGAGCACGUGUCUGUUGACUGAAUACAUGGUCACAGUAACACCAUAAUGAACAAAGAGCACGUGUCUGUUGACUGAAUACAUGGUCACAGUAACACCAUAAUGAACAAAGAGCACGUGUCUGUUGACUGAAUACAUGGUCACAGUAACACCAUAAUGAACAAAGAGCACGUGUCUGUUGACUGAAUACAUGGUCACAGUAACACCAUAAUGAACAAAGAGCACGUGUCUGUUGACUGAAUACAUGGUCACAGUAACACCAUAAUGAACAAAGAGCACGUGUCUGUUGACUGAAUACAUGGUCACAGUAACACCAUAAUGAACAAAGAGCACGUGUCUGUUGACUGAAUACAUGGUCACAGUAACACCAUAAUGAACAAAGAGCACGUGUCUGUUGACUGAAUACAUGGUCACAGUAACACCAUAAUGAACAAAGAGCACGUGUCUGUUGACUGAAUACAUGGUCACAGUAACACCAUAAUGAACAAAGAGCACGUGUCUGUUGACUGAAUACAUGGUCACAGUAACACCAUAAUGAACAAAGAGCACGUGUCUGUUGACUGAAUACAUGGUCACAGUAACACCAUAAUGAACAAAGAGCACGUGUCUGUUGACUGAAUACAUGGUCACAGUAACACCAUAAUGAACAAAGAGCAUGUGUCUGUUGCCUGUCAAAUAUUGCCCCUGUUAUGCCAUAUCUAAUUGUGUGCCAUUUGUCCGACAUUUUUGCACCAGAUCUGUAGGAUGUUUUCAAUGGCCAUCAUAUUAAUUUGUAUGCUGGCUUCUUGGCACGAAAGAAAGAAGCCUAUUAAAUUUGAUGCCAACAGGUCAAAGAUUAAGGUCACCCUACUGAAGGGAGUUGAACAAAAUAUUGACAUCUAAAAAAGAUAAAAAUUAAAUUUGUUUGGAAACCUUCCAUAAAGAAUUUUUAUCUCCCAUUUGGAAAAAUUAUAUACUUUUUCAAUUGGAAAUGGGGCCGAUUAAAGGACCGGAUUAUGAAAAAAACAAUAACACUGUUACAUUAAGGUCAUUCAAAUGCUAUAUCUGACUAUUGGUUAACUAGGUGUUAAAAACAAAAGCUUUUGGCAACUUAAUAUACAAUGUUUGAAAAACUUGCACUGUUACCGCAUUUCCAACGUCCUGUUUCAUCACAGAGUCUCUCAAACCAAUUCCAGCAUUUUCAGUUUUUACACUGCAUGGACUUCCCUUUCUUUGCUUUCUCUGAGUCGUCAUCUAUCACUGCUGGCAGGGCCAAAUAAGUGCUCUUAUACACUCCUUACUUUGUAAGUGCCUCUAUCUGCUUAGCCCAAAUGUAUGCACUGUUUUCAUCAUCCUCGUCCAGCACGUCUAGAUUUAGGGCAUCUUCAUUUGCUUCCAAGUCCUUUUUAAUGUCUUUCAUCACACUUGACUUACGCGUAAUAGACCAUGUUGUUUCAACAUUAGCAAAACAUUUUUUACCCUUUGUUUGGCCUGACCUACUCGUAAUUGACAAAGUUGUAUCAACAUUUAGCAAACCUCCCUUUACCCUUUGUUUCACCUUUGUCCAUCUUCAAAUUAGCCGAUGCAGCCAAACAUGCUGCUUUCCUACUCAGAGCUACACUUCCUCACAACGAUCUACAGUCACAAACUGAUGUCACCCUGGCUUUUAACAUGAAAUUCAUUUCCACAACAUAUCAAGAUACCACUAUACCUGUGACCAUCUAAAUUACUAUUCUGGUUACUUUGGGAGGAAAGGAAUACACCUGUCGAUUCUGAGAUCAACAAGUCAAAGGUCACAGUUACAGGAGCUUUAACUUGAAAUUUGUUUCCGGAUUAUCUAUAUAGAAAACUUUGACUUAUGAUGAUUCAAAUUGGCGUGCUUGAUACUUGGAAGGAAAGCUACAUUCAGUUAGUUUUGCAUUCAAAGAUCAAGAUGACAGGGUCUUGCAAUGCUCAAGAAUCUCAUAACAAUUGCUGAUAUGGACGAAUGUGUUGUUUAUCAUAUAUAUGUAAAUUCAUUUGUUUGUGCAAUUAUGAUUGCUGUGUAGAUUUAUAACUAUAAUGUACUGUUACUGUUGUACUAUUGUAUGAUGAUGAUAAUUAUGAUGGGGAUGACUAUUCUGUUUUAAAACUUGUAUGUAUACAUGUGAUUGUAUAUAGGAAUGAUCAUGCAAGGCUAUCAUUUUA